AUGAAUGCGUCACCAAAUAACUCAAAGCCGUCAUUGCAAGGUCAACAGACACAACUGCUUCCCGCAUCAGCACAAUAUGGUGGUGAUAUCAAUAGAGUUGGUAAUGGGGGCUACGCAUACUCUCCCAACCAGAACUUGAAUGGCCAACCCUUAUCGCGCAUGCCACAACAACCAGUCCUGCUGCAACAAAGACCAGCAACCGCAUACGGCCAAGUUGGUCAACACGAUGGUCAAAUACCAAGGCAACAACAAGCUUAUUACCAACAGUAUCCACCUCAACCAUUAAACUAUCUCGCGCAAGAUAUCUAUAACCCUAACCAACCACCACCACCACAACAACAGCAACAGCAACAACAACAGCAAGCCACUCCGGGCCUGGUGCUUCCUCAACAGCCACAGCAACCACAUGACUACUCACAAUUAUCAGCUCAACAGUACGGAAUUCCACAAAGACAACCUCAACCACCACUUGGUGGAGGCGUACAGCAACAACAACCACAGCAGCCGGGUGUAGUAGGUGCUAUUCCUACAAAUUACCAAAACUCUGAAUAUUCUGCAAAUCCUGCUCAACGACAACCACAAUGGGAAGGAGCCUACGAUCCACAACAGCAACAACAACAACAAAACCACCAUCUCCAGCAGCAGCAUCCACAACUUCCACAACAGCCUCUUCAACAAUUAAGCCCGGAAUACGAUGACGGAAAAGUUGGAAAACAAUCGAAAAAGACAGGAAGGAAACCUCGUUCGCAAAAGUCAUUAGACAGCGGUGCUAACUCGAGCUCAAGCAACUCCUCAUUACCAAGAACAUCUCCUGGCUCUGCAUCUAGUCCGAACCUGUCAGAGACAAAGACGGUUACUAAACGAUCACGUUUGGGUUGCUUAACAUGUCGUCACCGUAAAAAGCGUUGCUGUGAAACUAAGCCACGAUGUACCGAGUGUUCGAGGUUGAGACUCAACUGUACUUGGCCCAAACCUGGUACUGAACACAAGAAUAAACCAAAGGACCAAAAGGAAGAUGAAAAUACUAUCGAGCACGAGAUUUACGGUAGAAUCAAGGUUUUAAGAGGAAUCGUUGAGUACAGAAGUAAAUAG